AGGGACAUGUGUCUUAAUGAGCACGACGCAGCCGAGAAGGAAACCUGCCACUAUUGACUUUCCUAAAGGAGAUUAGAGGGGGGGAAAUAUAUCUAUAUAGCAGGCUUUGGCCCUGAAUCUCUCUGCAGCCCUGUGGCCUGGAGAGUUCAACUCCAGACACGCAGGAGAUGAGCUUCACCGAGAUGAGGAGAAGGGGCUUCUACAGGCAGGAAGUAAACAAAAUUUUCUGGGAGCUUCCUAGACGAUAUACUUCCAUCAACCCCAUAGGAUCUGGGGCUUAUGGCUCUGUCUGCUCAGCGAUAGAUAAGAAAACAGGAGAGAAAGUGGCUAUCAAGAAGCUCUGCCGCCCAUUCCAAUCCGAGAUCUUUGCCAAGCGAGCGUAUCGAGAACUCACACUGCUGAAGCACAUGCAGCAUGAGAAUGUCAUUGGAUUACUUGAUGUCUUCACUUCAGCUACUGCCUUUGAUGGAUUCCAGGACUUCUAUCUUGUGAUGCCAUACAUGCGAACAGAUUUACAAAAGAUCAUGGGACACCAGUUCAGUGAGGAAAAGAUCCAGUACCUGAUCUACCAGGUAUUGAAAGGAUUGAAGUAUAUUCAUUCUGCUGGAAUCAUUCACAGGGAUCUGAAGCCUGGCAAUUUAGCAGUGAAUGAAGAUUGUGAACUGAAGAUCUUGGACUUUGGCUUGGCAAGGCAUGCAGACACUGAGAUGACAGGCUAUGUGGUGACGCGUUGGUACAGAGCACCAGAAGUGAUACUGAACUGGAUGCAUUACAACCAGACAGUGGACAUCUGGUCUGUUGGCUGUAUCAUGGCAGAAAUGUUGACUGGGAAGACUCUGUUUAAAGGUAAAGACUAUCUAGAUCAGCUGACUCAGAUCAUGAAAGUGACAGGAAGCCCUGGAGAAGAGUUUGUGCAGAAGCUGGAAGACAAAGCGGCUAAAAGCUACAUAGAGAUGCUCCCCAAGAUUCCAAAAAUGGACUUGUCUCUACUUUGUCCCAAAGCCAGUCCUCUGGCCGUGGACUUGCUUGACCAAAUGUUGCAGCUGGAUGUGGGAAAGCGUCUUACAGCCACCCAAGCUCUGGCCCAUGCAUACUUCAACCCGUUUAGAGAUGUUGAGGAGGAGACAGAGGCGCAGCACUCCUAUGACGAUUCCAUUGAGGGUGAAAAGCUUUCAAUCAAUGAAUGGAGAAGGCAUAUUUACAACGAAAUACUGUCAUUCAGCCCAAUUGCACGGAAAGACUCCAAGAGAAGAAGUGGAAUGACGUUGUGAGCGCUGGCAUGCCCAACUCUGGACUGUCUUUCCCAUGAUACAUCAGUAUUUUGACCCCAACCAAGAGUAAAUAUUCAUCAGCGUGAAAAAAGUCUGUGUAGGACACAAGGACACUGAGUGUAUAAGGAGAGUUCAGCCUUAGUCUGAAGGCCAGAACUGCACAAGCAACAUCUUUCAGUGCCAAAAAUGAAGAUGCUUCUUAUUAAAGCACUUUGUGAUAAA